GGGGAGGAGGAGGAGGAGGAAGCAACGUAAUGAGUGUUGCAUGUGGACCAAGUCUCUCGCUUGGUCCGUUACAGCCCCCUUCCUUCUUUCUUUCGUCCUUUCUGUGUAUGUGUGUGUGUGUGCGCGCGUGUUUGUGUGCGCGCGCAGACCGGAGGAAAGCCUCCUCUGUCCUCAUGAUACAAGUUUGUCAGCUAAUCUAAACAACACAAACACACAACACACAAGUUGUCUGUAGGUCGUCAUCAUGGCCGGAGGUUCGGUAUCGGAGUGCAAGGAGUACUUGUUCAAGGUUCUGGUGAUCGGCGAACUGGGCGUGGGGAAGACCAGCAUCAUCAAGCGUUACGUGCACCAGCUUUUCUCCCAACACUACCGCGCCACCAUCGGCGUCGACUUCGCCCUCAAAGUCAUCAACUGGGACAGCAAAACGCUGGUUCGCUUGCAACUGUGGGACAUCGCGGGUCAGGAGCGCUUCGGGAACAUGACGAGGGUCUACUACAAGGAGGCCGUGGGGGCGUUGGUGGUGUUUGACGUGACGAGGGGCUCCACGUUCGAGGCCGUGUCCAAGUGGAAGCACGACCUGGACAGCAAGGUGAAGCUGGCCAACGGCAGCCCCAUCCCAUCCGUGUUGCUGGCCAACAAGUGCGACCAGAAGAAGGAAGGCUCCAACAACACGUCCCUAAUGGACAAUUUCUGCAAAGAGACCGGCUUCCUGGGAUGGUUUGAAACCUCGGCCAAGGACAACAUCAACGUGGAUGAGGCGGCACGAUUCCUGGUGGAGAACAUCUUGGCCAACGACAAGGGCUUGCCCUACGAGGAGAGCAACGGAGACCGCAUCAAACUGGACCAGGAGACGGUGGUGGCUGAUAGCAAACCUGGCUGCUGCUAACACUCGCACCUCUUAGCCAGCAUGACAACACACAAGUCCAACGCCUCUUUCAGCGCCAGCCAGGGUGGAGAUAUUGGGAAACUACAGGAGGAACAAGGCUUGCUUGACCUUUUUAUUGUUAUUUUUAAUUCUAGCCUUCACUAGAGCAGAAUAUGUGAUUUCCAAAAUAGUCGUGCUGCCGAGCCACUAUGUUUUUAUUCCACCACUAACGGAGAACCCAACCUUAAGUACUUGAACUUGGCUCUUCAGCCCUGGACUUUACCUGGCAACAAGGCGCAGGGCUCAACAGUUUGUGUCUUUCUUUUAUUUGUGAUAAAGUAGCUUGUAUUGACGACACACUUCACUUUUGAGUGUUUGUGUUUUUAUGCUGGGCUUUAAAAAGUAAAGCGCACUCCUGUUUUUUUGGAUUGGACAGCUGUGGAAUAUGACAUCACAGUUAAGUAUUAACAAGGUUUCUUCUUUUUUUUUUUUGCAUUGAAGUGCAGUUCUGACAUAGCACAGCACGUCCUCCUACAGUGGCCUUCUUCAUAUGAGUGCCUGCUGCUCUCUGCAGUUGAUAAAAUAACCCCAGACACAGUAUUUCUGUAAUGUAGCUAUUAUUCAUGCAUCAGAUUUUAUGUUUGAGAAUCAGAUAAAAAUGUGUUUUUUUUUAGGUAUAUGGUGAGAAGCAAGAGAUGCUGUCCAGAUUAAAUGUAUUU